AUGGCAGCUGCCGGAGCAGGAACAGUGGGGGCCAGUAAGACGUAUUCGUUCAAGGUGGUACUGCUUGGAGAGGGCUGCGUGGGGAAAACCUCCUUGGUUUUACGAUAUUGCGAGAACAAGUUCAAUGACAAGCACAUCACCACCCUACAGGGAAUGAUUGAAACUGCACAAGUAGAUGAGAGAGCAAGAGGCAAUGGACCUAAUCAACCAGGAGCUGCAAGGAGAGGAGUACAAAUCAUAGAUGAUGAACCACAGGCACAGAGCACUGGAGGAUGCUGUUCUGGAUAAUUAUGUAUAAACUGUGUGAAUAUUUGCCCCAUCAGGAAGAUUGCCAUAUUCCAAGUCACACUUCUUUUACCAUUGGAGUAAUAGAAUUUAACAGUAUUUUAAAACCUCAUAACACAGCAGAGACCAUAAGUGCUAAACUAUAGUGAAAUCUGUGACCAGAGAAUUGGCGUUUUUGUACAGCUGUUAACAGAACAAUUACCAAUGGCCUUUUUACAUACGUUUUUCUUUAAUGAGGAAUAAUAUGCAUGUAGAAAAGACCUACUUAAGUUUCAUUUAUAUUCUUUUAAAUCUGAUCCUUAUUUAAUAACUUAUAUACAUGUAGAAUGGUAUGCAAUUUGCUGCCCUUUGUAUUUUGUGGAAUACUAAUUGUAUUUCGUCUAAAAUGCAUUUUUUUUUCUUCUGGCAGAUACCUGCCAUACCAUUUAUUUUUUUGCAGGGUUUGCACAUGUCCUAACUGUCAAUGUUGAUUAUACUUCAUUUAUUCUGUAAACUAAGCUGGUAAAUGUGCACUGUACAUUACAUAUUAAAUAUUUUAUCUGCUUUUUCAUGUGCAGAAAAAUACACAA